AUGGAUAAGCAAAUCACCAGUUGUGUCAAUAAACUCGAGAAAGAACAACGAGACCUAAAAGCAAAGAACAUUGAAGUCCUUGGUGUUCGAGACAUCAAUCGACAAUAUGAACUCCUCAGUCAUUUACGAGCUUUGCUCCAAGAACGACUUGACCGUGGAGAUGUAUCGGCACUAUCUGUAAGCGUUGGGCCUUCUAUAGUCGAAGUCAUUCGCCAGAAUUCAAAGAAGGAACAACUUAUGGAAGAAUGCACUUGCAUCCUCUACUUUCUCAGCAUCUUUGAUCCAUAUUUCAAGAAAGGAGUUGCAAGGUUGUUCAAGUCACUUCAAGAUCAUCCAGGGAAUGACUCUAUUCAAAAGGCUAGUCUAGCUGCAAUUCGAAACGUUGUUGCAGCUAAUCGCGAUUCGCUUCCUCGAAUCUCACCAUCCAUCCCGGUCAUACUCGAUAGCAUGGAGAGGUACCCAGACAAUGUCGAUUUGUUGAGUAGUUCUGCCGAAAUUUUGGAGAACCUUGCAUCGCAUACGCCUAGUAAGGCCUUCUUUAUUGAAUGUGGUGCUCUGGAAAGUCUCAAAACCACAAUGAGAAAACAUUUGCACCUUGGACCACUACAAGCAACUAUUCUUCGCGCCAUGUCGAAUUUGUCGUUUGCAGCCGGUGUAGAUAUCCGAUCCGAUAUGCUUCCAAUCAUUUCCGUUGUAAUUGCCUCAAUGAGAGAAAAUCCUAGAGACACCAAGGUACAAAUGUAUGGAUUGAGCACGCUACAGAAUAUUUCUUCAGCAACACACGUUGCGAACCCGAUGCAUCGAAGUGCAGAAGGUCUUGUCGUUGACACCUUUCAUACUAUCCUGUCCAUCAUGAAAGUCCAUGUCGAAGAUGCUUCAAUCCAAGAAGAAGGAAUGAAAGCUUUGUACAGGACGAUGGAGAGUGCUCCCGACAAUAGAGAUCUCAUGAUCGACGAGGACGGUGUCGUGACUAUUGUCGAUGCCAUGACAAGAUAUUCGCACGCACUGGAAAUUCAAUCGCAAGGCCUCGCGAUCAUGCUCGCACUUGUGACGCAAAAUGCGGACAACCACGAACUACUUUUCUCCACCGGUGGCCUAGAUGUCUUGCUGGCAGCCUUGAUUACAUUCCCAGACAACGUUAACGUGUCAACUUAUGGAAUUCAAAUCUUGAAAGACUUUACUCGACUGUCGUUGGACUUUCAGCGAGCUGUAACUGCAAAAGGUGGUAUUAGUGUGAUUGUCACUUCAAUGAGAAAGCAUGCACACAAUGAAGAUAUUCAGGAUCCAGCCUUUGCGUGUAUGCGAAACUUGUGCCUGCAUCAAGAUAAUCGAGAGGCUGUGAAGAAGGAGGGCGCAAUCACAGUUUCCCUGACAAACAUGACGCAUUUCAAGGCGAACCCCGCCAUCCAAGCAUAUGGUUGCGAUGCUCUUGGGCGCUUGGCAACUAUUGCCAUGGAAGACAUUUUUUGUAACCAUGGAAUCGAAGUUGCUCUUGAAAGUAUGUCAGAGCAUCCGAGUCACGCUGGAGUGCAAGACCGAGCAUGCUUCCUGCUGCUGGCACUGUCAGAGCACCGCCCCGCACUGAAACACAUGAAAGAGUACAAUGUUCUGCCAAUUGUUCAGGCUGCUAGAGUUCCUCCUAAGGAACAAGCCCAAGAGCGAAAAAGUACUUUGGUCGGUCGAUUGGAGGGAAUGGAUAGACCGAGUCUUUGGGGAGCGUUGUCUAGAAAGCAGUAG